AUGGCAGAUAACCCAUCAGCAGGGCUCCGCAAACGUGGACUCAACGAGGAGGAUGACUGUAGCUCUCCUCGCUCCCCAAUUCGGCGGCGUCUGACCUCUAAAUCCGCAGAACCCGCAGAACCUGCAGAAUCGUCAGAAUCCCCUCCCCCUUAUCCCAUUCCCGAUGACAACAGUGUAUCUAGUGAUGGAAAGAUACCCCCUACGCCCCGUAACAGUAUAAGUGAUGAUGACAGACCCGCGGUGUCGGAGGAACAAGUCGACAAAUAUUACCGAAAGGGAGCUGCAUACGAAGCAUGGAUUGCUGACCCAACUCGAGGUGGAUGUCCAUGUGGAAAAUCAGAAGAUACACUGUUCGAACUAUUCAACAACAGCAAUAAGAAGAAGAGAUUUAAUUGUCCAGAGAACCAUUUCGAUAACCCACCCCGACCCAUCCAGGAGGAUUUGGAACAAUUGGGGUUCCCAACAAAAGGCAAAAGGUGCCGUUUCACAAGAUUAAUACUCCACGGUUAUGACAAGGAUGGCUACAAAAGGGAAAGCGAGUAUCAACAUUCCUUCGCAGAAGGCGUUAUAAUUGGUGAAUGUAUUUACAGAUACACUGGGCCGAAUUGGUCGAAUAUAGCUAUCGCUCAAUAUAAGUUUGACCACCCCAUUGAUACCCUCAAAUAUCUUUAUUUUACUAAUGUUCAGAAUGAGGAGACCCUACCCUACAUGCAAGAAAUCCUCUACCCCAGACAUGACGUGAAGUGGCCCUGUGUUGAUCGAAUUGAGAGUCAGGUAUGGGAGUAUGGUACUGAGGACUAUCGAGAGAUCCUAGGUACGAAGCUAGGCAAGUCAGCGGCAUGCCUUGUUCUUGGUGCAUGGGAGAGAGGUACGCAUCGUAUUGCUAGAGUUUACACUCUCGGUCGUGCACAUCAUAUACACCUACGGUUUGAUAUUGAGCCGAUUCCUGUAUCUGGAACUCUUUAA